AAGCAAUGGGAUAACGCACCGUUGUUUUCUGCUGUGGCAGCUCUCGGUGGAGCCGGUGUGUGUGUGUGUGUUAGUGGGUGAGAGGCCGCCCCUCUCUCUCUCUCUCUCUCUCUCUCUGUCUGUCUGGUCCCGUGCGGGUGGCUGACAAUGGCGAAUCCCAGGGUCUACUUCGACAUCAAUAUUGACAAGAAGCCGGCUGGCCGCGUAGUUUUCGAGCUAAGAAAAGAUGUGGUUCCAAAAACUGCAGAGAACUUCCGUCAACUGUGCUUAAGGGAACGAGGUGCUGGCUACAAAGGAUCAGUUUUCCACCGAAUAAUUCCUGACUUUAUGUGCCAGGGCGGUGACUUCACAAAUGGCAAUGGCACUGGUGGAAAGUCCAUUUAUGGUUCAAAAUUUGAGGAUGAGAACUUCCAUCUUAAGCAUGAUGGCCCAGGUAUUCUGUCAAUGGCCAAUGCUGGGCCUAAUACAAAUGGGUCACAAUUCUUCAUCUGCACUGCAGCUACUGAUUGGUUAAAUGGAAAACAUGUUGUGUUUGGAAAAGUUGUAGAAGGCAUGAAUGUUGUGAAAUCAAUGGAAGCAACAGGAUCAAGAACUGGGCAGACAAAUGUUACUGUUAGCAUUGCUGACUGUGGAGAGUUGCAAUGAAAGCAUUCCUGCAAUAGCUACUGCAUGUAGCCUAACUAAUGACUGGUGUCUCUUUUCUCAUUGUCAGAAAAACAGCAAGAUUCAAAGAUCAUUGUCAAAUUGAAAUCUGUUUGUCAUGAUUAAUCAUUCAUGCUGUGGCUUAGUUGGACAGGUGUAACCCACAAAGUACUUAGAAGUAUUAUGGCAGUGCUUUGCUUCAUUUAAUUACUGAACUGAUGCUCGUUUUGUAAUGGGAACAACCAUCCAGAUGUAAUUAUUUACUGUCACCUUGUACUAAAUCACUUCAUUCAAAUAAAGUGAACACUUGUCACCUA